UAUUUUAUUUUGCCUUUCUUGGUCUUUUGAUUUAGCCUCCUUUAAUCUACUUUUUAAUUUGCAUUUUCAAUUGGCUUUAAGAUAAUUUGUAGGGGAGCACCUGAAAACAUUCCUCUGUGUGUGCUCCACCAUGCACUGAACUUCACAAACUGAAUAUCCAAGGCUUCCCCCUAGACAAAAUUUUGGAAACUGAUCAAUGCCCAUAUGACUUGAGAUCUCAACUGGUUUCAGUUCAGGGAGGAAUUUUAUAUAUUGAUAUAAAAAGCUAAGUAUGCCUAUAUUGUUCAUCUCCUUAAAUAUUUGUGAUAUGCACCACUACAUGUAAAGGCAAAUCCUAAUUUUGUUCCUCUAAACGUUGUGUUAAUCUUCUCCAGUCUUGUAUGAAAAUGUGCAGUUACUGACAUCAGAAAUGUCAAUUCCAGGAAAGUGAUGCAAGGGAAAAGUUUCAGUUUCAGUGAGCUGAACGAUACCAAGCCCACACAGCUCACGUGGACCAUCUGCUUGAGAUUUGGGCUUAAGAGAAGUGCUUGAAUGAGGUCUCUCCCUGGAGAGAUGUCCAGAUAAAUGUUGGAGAUAAAUUGAGAUAAAUGUCUCCAACGUUGUACCAUAGAGGAAAAAGUUCUUUAAAUGUAAUUUAUUAAAAUGCCCAUGCAAAGCAUCAAGCAGCAAGGAUCCAGGACUUUCUUCAGGCUAAGAUAGGCACUCACUGUUUCCAGCAUGGAGGCUCAGUCUGAGCAGAAUUAGCUUGGUGUUAGCUGAUCACAAAGAGAGAGAUGCCUUUCUUGGCUUCUUCUAGCAGAAAUAAAUUUCUACCUACUGUAACUUACUGCCAUCUGAUAUGCUGAGUCAUGAAGCUGGGGCUAUAGAAAUCUUUAUGCAAUCUUUAUAAAUCAGCCUCACAUAAUUUCAGGUGCUUUCUGCUUCAUCUCUGUUGAGUCACUCAUUUGACAGUUGUCAUUCAUCUUAGAUUGAGAUGUAAUUUAAUAGUUUCAUUUCAGCAUGAAGAUAGCGUCAUCUAAAGUUGAGCUCAGAAAGAUUUAAAGGUGUAACAGAGGAAAUAUUAAUACUGUAAAUAAUAUCUGUAGAGCUGCAUGUGUUUAUAAAUCACAUAGUGCCAAGUUGGAAGGGCAGCCUAUGUAAAGAAGAAAAAAGCAUCUUCGCUUGUCUUCCCCUGCAGAGUACAGCAGCUCUGCCACCCACACCAGCUCCAGAGGUGAUGGCUGCCGAGUUAUCACCGUGCUCUCACUCGCCCUUAUACCUGCUAGAAUCACCUGCCCACACAGAUAUUGAUCAAGGGGUCUUUACACACAUUGCGGGAUACAAGUGCAAGGUUGCACUAAGAAGACAGCAAGCUCAGGAAGAAGAACUGGGAAUCAGCCACCCUGUGCCCCUGCCCAGUGUCCCUGAGACGUUUGUUAAGAAGAACAGUGGUGGCAGCUCUUGCCUCUCACUGGAAAGCAGCAGCCCAAUGCACUCGACAAGUACAGCCAUGACAGCAGCUAGUACACCACCAGAGGGACGGAUGCUCGUUCAGGACAUCCCUUCCAUCCCCAGCAGAGGGCACUUGGAGAGCACGUCUGAGCUGGUUGUGGACUCCGCCUACUACAGCAGUUUUUACCAGCCGUCCCUGUAUCCUUGUUAUAACAACCUGUACAAUUACUCCCAAUACCAGAUGGCAGUGGCCAGCGAGCCUUCCUCAAGUGAGACGGGGGGUACAAUUGUAGGGUCGGCCAUGAAGAACAGCCUUCGAAGUCUCCCAGCAACAUACAUGCCGAGCCAGUCAGGAAAACAGUGGCAGGUGAAAGGCAUGGAGAGACACCAUGCCGUCAGCUCCCAGUACCGCAUGUGCUCCUACUACCCACCUGCCUCCUACCUGGGACAGGGGGUUGGUGCUCCCAUGUGCCUCCCCCAAAUCCUGACCUCUGAGGACAUCCCCUCCUCCUCGGAGUCAAAAGCGAGAGCUACAAGUCCCAGUCUGAGUAUCUCGUACUUUUUAUCAGCAUUGCACCUACUCACUGCACCUUGCUUGACUUCAGUGACUGUUGACUGCAGUGGAGGUCUGUUCAAUAAAGCAGUCCAGGUCUGGAUACAGAAGGAACAGUCUUACCUGCUCCAGACACUGAAGAAAUGUGAUUUUUCCUUGGACUCCACCAAAACCCUGCUUAAACACUAAAAAGGAAAGGAAGGAAACACACCAUUAGGAAUUUCCUGGUAUGUUCUCACAGAACAAAGUUUGGCUCUUGGAAGUUUGGCAGAAAGAAGUUUGGCUCUUGGAAGCCACAAGGAUCGUUUCUGAUUCUGCAACGCUUCUUGGUUUCAGGGUUGGUGGGCUAGAAAAAGUAAAAAUCUAAACAGUUGCUGUCAACUGCAGGUUAUGUAAGUGCAAUUCCAACCUGUUCUAAGAGCAGAUCAGUGCACUAGUUAUUUCAGACAUGGAGAUGUUGGAGACCUGUUUGGCUGUUUUGUGCAUUUGACCACACAGCAAAGGAACACAUGAUGCUGCAGACUGGAUCGCUCUUUUUGUGUCGUUGAAACAAUUAGCAGCAUUUGCAGGAUGUAUAAAAACUGUUGGAAGAUGCCUUGACUACGUUGUCUUGCCCUCAUCUCUAAGCAUUGUGUUCUUUUUUAGCUGGGAAAAAAUGUAAUAUAGGGUUAAUAUCCCUGGAGUUAAAAAAUUUAUGUUAGAUCUAAAAGACAAUAAUAGGGUCUGCUUUGGCAGAGUGGUGUUGGAGCCUUAGUCAUCCCUUAUAUGCAUCAAAGGAGACACUUGCAUUAAAUCAAGGAGUUGGGUUCUGUAAUAUCAAAAAUGGUCAAAACUCCCUGAAAGGAAUGGAAAUUGCUGUUUCAUCUAUGCAUGAGUUAAGUGGGUGAAAAUGGUGGGUGUG